CUGAAGUGUCAAAACUCGAAAAGUUUUUCUUGUUGAUUGUUUUUUCUGUUUAUUUGAAGGGAAAUGCAAGGAUUUUUAUAAACUAUUUAGUUCAUCUCAACAACCUUGCAGAAACUCAAUAAACAUUCAAAAUGGAAAUUGCCGACACAUUCUACAGCAAAGAUGAAUACGUUCAAACUGCAUCCGGCAACAAAGUAAGUCGUCAAACUGUCCUCUGCGGCUCCCAAAACAUAGUUCUCAAUGGCAAAGUAAUAGUUCAGAGUGGUGCGAUUAUUCGUGGUGACUUGGCCAAUGUCAGAACUGGACGUUAUUGUGUGAUAAGUAAAAACGCAGUCAUAAGACCGCCCUACAAACAAUUUAGCAAAGGAAUCGCUUUCUUCCCAAUGCACAUUGGGGAUCAUGUGUAUAUAGGAGAAGGAGCUGUGGUCUCGGCCGCCGUCAUUGGUUCGUUCGUAUACAUUGGAAAAAAUGCUGUGAUUGGUCGUCGGUGUGUCCUUAAGGACUGUUGCAUCAUCGAAGACAAUGCUAUUCUUCCUCCAGAAACCACAGUCGCUAGUUACAUGCGAUUCACCGCAAAUGGGACUAUUGAAGGUGGACAGGGAAAUCCUAACUUUGUUCCAGCCGCAAUGCAAGACCAAAUGGUGGACUACACCAAGUCGUUCUAUGAACAUUUCGUAAUGGCACAACCAGCCUAAAAAAGAAGCAACAUGCAGAGUGAAUCAUAUUUAUUUAUUUAGUUUGUCUGUAAAACCUUUGAAAUAAAGAUAUGAGGAGUUAAUAGUUCUUCGUUGGAAAAAAAAAUAACAAAAACAAUUAAUUUGAAUCUUCAACAUCAUAAAUAAAAGUAAAUGAGAAAAACA